CGUUGAGAAACAAGGUCGAAAAUAUAGUGAUUACAUUUAUGAUAACUUUGUUGGAAUUACUAAUUUAGCCGUGGCUGCAAAGCUCUAUCUGGCUGCGGACAAUGUGUCAAACCUUAUGCAUUUGGCAGAUAUCCAUUCUCAAAAAUUUUCUAUGCCUAAGAGGUUACAUUCAAAUCGGUUCGCUGUUCGUAGAAUUUUUUAUUGUUUGUUGUAUAUUCGUCUACAAGAUGAUUUACUUGACAAUACAAACUAUCCGCUUGCUAAUUUUAUCGCACGCGUUUCAGGAAAGGAUCGGUUGUCCAGUAUGAUUAAUUCAAAGUUUUAUUCAGUGGAUUACUUUAAAGCUAUUGCUUGUCGUAAAUUUGAAAAGCUAUCAUUUGAAGUAAAGAUUCAUAAUUCAACCAACAAAUAUCGUGUUCAUUUACCCGAAUUCAAUUUUGAGAACAGAUGGAUAAAACCAGGAGCUUUGCAAAGUACGAUAAAGGAUAAAGCAUCUUUAUGUCACUAUUAUUCUGAUAAAACUCUUAAUCAUAUGAUUGAAGAAUCUGCUAGUAAUUGGAAUAAUUGGAAUACUGGUAUAAAGGGUCGUUCGGAGGCGAAAACUGCUUUGAAACUUUCUCCAUCAGAAGUUAUCAUCGGUGUCACCAUGGGAUUCAAUAAUUUUG